CUUUUUGCUAUUUGUACAAGCUAGCUUGGGAAAUACAAAUCUAACCAGAAAAAGGGAACACACACAAAGGUAAAGGAAUCAACAAAACUAGAGAAUGUCAUUGAGGAUAAAGGAGUGUAAUGUGUUUGAAAGAUGGUGAAUCCUCCAUCAAUCAUAAGGUUGCCCUAUAAUGUACUUGGUUUCUUCUGAAGUAAAGUAUAGUGUGGACUUAGCCACGUCCACAUCCUCACACAUCUCACCCUACCUCCCUUAGUCCAUUCUUCAUCUCCACUAUUUGCUCUUUGCUCAUUUGCCUGCUAUAUCACACUGAGCUAGUCAACCGACAUUGGAGUUGUAAUUGCACAUUGGUGAUAUUGACUCGCUCCUACUCUCACUCUAGAAAAUGGCCAAGUGUAACCACUUCCUAAAACGUAGUAUAGCGGGUUUGGGUUUUAAUGUCAACCCGGGUCCUAGAUGUGAUGACUACUCAGCGAAUUCUUAUUAUUUAGCGGUGAAACUUUAUUGCAGGUUCAAACAAGCAAACAAACAAAGCAAGCAAGAAGGUUGUUUCAAGUCGAGAGAGGUCACCCGGAUAUGGUUCCCCCUAGACUGCAAUUAAGCCGAAUUGUAAUUCACCAAGUUUAGUUUCAAUGAUAGUUAUACUGUGGAAGGUUCUUAAACAGUCUGAAGUCUCGACUAAAGGUCUCCAGACCCUCUCAAUCUGAGUCUCCAGCGGGCGACUAACCUCCACCGGAGUAAACAAAUUGAGGCCCUAACGAACAAAACCUCCACUACCGAAGUAACUUCGGUACAGAAUAGUGAAUUGGCUCCUCGACUAAAGUCACCAAUUCACCACCUUCAAUCAAGGGUGCUCUAUCAACCUAGGCAGAUAUUCUCUUUCUAGGUCAAAGCAGAAAUAACAGGAAUUUGAUCAGGAUUCAUGUCAUUCAACAAUUCAAACCCCAAUUGAAUAUAAUCAAAUCAUAGAAUCUGUACUUGGGUUCAUACAAUCAAACCUAACAUACAAAUCUAGGGUUCUCCAUACCCAGAUGAAUGAAGAAGUUACUCCAUGGAGAGAGAAGCAAAAGCAAGCUCAGAUGCAGAAAUCAUGCUGUGAAGGAUGGGUUUCUGCUCCUGGUCGUCAAUCGACACUUCUCCAAGUGUGAGCCGAGCUCCAAUGGUGAUGAAGAUCAGGCUAGGGCACUUGGGAACUCUGGUUCGUCGCUUUCUCUCUCUAGGAAUUGCUCUGUCUCUCUAAAACUCGGAACCCCUUCUCCUUUGCUGAAAAUUGGGUUAGAACCCAGAAAAUCCCGACUCACACGGCCAGGCCACACAGCCGUGUGACAUCCCCAGCUGCCCGUGUGAGAUGUACAAACUGCGGCGUUUUGAUAAGUGACUCAUACUUCCUACACGGCCACGACCCACACGGCCGUGUGGAAUUCCAGGAUGGCCGUGUGAGUUCCCUGGAAUUUCCACACGGCCACAGGGGGUCCCCUACACGGCCCGCGUGACUUUGUCCAUGCAAUUUGAUGCCACACGGCCAGGCCACACGGCCGUGUAGGUUUUAGGCGUGCCCGUGUGGCUCCAUCAGCCUCCCGCCGAAUGUCCAAUUUUCGUCCAAUCGAUCCCGAACUCGUUCCUAAACCUUCAUUCACGUACUAGGACCUGAAAUAUCACAAACAAGAACAACCUAGCUUGAAAUCGGCCUAAAACGCCAGAAUCGAUAUCUCAAACGGGUCAAGAAUAGGGGUAAAAACAUGUGUAAUUAACGGUCUAUCAGAUAUGCAAUUGAUCCUUAUGGCAACCUUGCAGAACUCGCUAGCUAUCGACUUCACUGUUGUAGGUAUAAUUGUUUUGAUAUGGAUUAUGGAUUCUAUUCACCACACCCAGUAUCUCGCUAAUGCUGGACGUGAACAAGAUGGAUCUUGAUUCAAUAGGGAUCAUCACUCGAGCAACAUGCUUGAUCCCGCGAUCAUGUCAUGAACAUUCACCCGCUUUACCUUAUCGAAUUCCUCAAGAUCGAUAUCAAUGAUCACCAUUCUGGCAUCUUCCAAUACAUAUCGAGUUAGUGAAAGUAGAUUUUAAAGAGGUGAAUUACAGAGACACAAAUUAACAUGAUCAACUUAAGGGUGGAUGUAGUAGACCGACAACAAUCUUGCCAAGUUUCUAGGUUAGAUAAUCAGUCUUCUAUGGCUAAUAGGCCAACAAAAUAAAAUUUGUGGCGGUCAAAGAAAUAAGUUAAAUCCAUCUAUUGUCCUCCUUCAUUAAUAACGCUAUACUCAUGCAUACAGGGUGAACAUAUCGUAGGAUGGUUUUUUGAAAAGCACAGUCUAUUAUGGAUGCCCCAUUACUGUGGAGUUGGAACCUUUUUAUGAGUCUUGGUUAUCUCCUGUCUCUACUUUUGGUUUCUGACUGGAGUAUUUGGUUGGAGGUCUUGGUAGAUUGAUUGAUAAACUAGUGAAUGUAGAAAAAGUAAACGACUCACAGUGCAAGAUCGACAUCAUGUUUGAUUAAUGGAUGUUGAAUUAUCGAAUAAAUGCAAUGACUCUGC